AUGGGGAUGCCGGCGGUGAGGAGGAGGGAGAGGGACGCGGAGGCGGAGCUCAACCUGCCCCCCGGCUUCCGCUUCCACCCCACCGACGACGAGCUGGUGGAGCACUACCUGUGCCGCAAGGCGGCCGGGCAGCGCCUCCCGGUCCCCAUCAUCGCCGAGGUCGACCUCUACCGCUUCGACCCGUGGGCGCUCCCCGACCGCGCCCUCUUCGGCACCCGCGAGUGGUACUUCUUCACCCCGCGCGACCGCAAGUACCCCAACGGGUCGCGCCCCAACCGCGCCGCCGGCAACGGCUACUGGAAGGCCACCGGCGCCGACAAGCCCGUCGCGCCCCGCGGAGGGCGCACCAUGGGGAUCAAGAAGGCGCUGGUGUUUUAUGCCGGGAAGGCGCCUAAGGGGGUUAAGACCGACUGGAUCAUGCAUGAGUACCGCCUCGCCGACGCCGGCCGCGCCGCCGCCAGCAAGAAGGGCUCGCUCAGGCUGGACGACUGGGUGCUCUGCCGGCUCUACAACAAGAAGAACGAGUGGGAGAAGAUGCAGCUCCAGCAGCAGGGGGGAGAGGAGAUGAUGGUGGAGCCCAAGGCGGAGAACACGGCGUCCGACAUGGUGGUCACCUCGCACUCCCACUCGCAGUCCCAGUCGCACUCGCACUCGUGGGGCGAGGCGCGCACGCCGGAGUCGGAGAUCGUCGACAACGACCCGUCGCUGUUCCAGCAGGCGGCGGCGUUCCAGGCCCAGAGCCCCGCCGCCGCGGCGGCGCACCAGGAGAUGAUGGCCACGCUGAUGGUGCCCAAGAAGGAGGCGGCGGAGGAGGCCGGCAGGAACGACCUGUUCGUGGACCUCAGCUACGACGACAUCCAGAGCAUGUACAACGGCCUCGACAUGAUGCCGCCCGGGGACGACCUGCUCUACUCCUCCCUCUUCGCCUCGCCCCGUCUCCGGGGGAGCCAGCCCGGCGCCGGCGGCAUGCCGGCCCCGUCGUCGUGUCUGAGAGAGCCGGCGUGGCGCGGUCGCCGGCGCCGGGGCGUGCCGCUGUACAUGGAGAGCCCGGUGCUGGGGCCUGGCCGGCUGGGUUGA